CGUGUUUGAGUGUUUCCUGCGUGCUACCUUCUGCUGCCGUAUUCUCAGUAUCUUGCUGCAAACUGUCUUCUGACUGCGAUUUAAACGUUAAUAAUCAUGUCUCUGGAGGUGGAAUCCGCAGACGUGAUCCGUCUGAUUAUGCAGUACCUGAAGGAAAACAGUCUGCACCGGACUCUAGCCACCCUGCAGGAGGAGACCACCGUGUCUCUGAACACAGUGGACAGUAUAGAGAGCUUUGUGGCAGACAUCAACAGUGGACACUGGGACACUGUCCUGCAAGCCAUCCAGUCCCUCAAGCUGCCUGACAAGACCCUUAUUGACCUUUAUGAACAGGUUGUGUUGGAGUUGAUCGAGCUGAGAGAGCUGGGAGCGGCUCGUUCACUUCUCAGGCAAACCGACCCCAUGAUUAUGCUUAAACAAACCCAACCAGAGAGAUACAUCCACCUGGAGAACCUGCUGGCUCGCUCUUACUUCGAUCCCAGAGAGGCGUACCCAGACGGCAGCAGUAAAGAGAAGCGCAGAGCGGCCAUCGCUCAGGCUCUGGCGGGUGAGGUCAGUGUGGUGCCACCGUCUCGUCUCUUGGCUCUGCUGGGACAGUCACUGAAGUGGCAGCAGCAUCAGGGUCUCCUGCCUCCUGGUAUGACCAUUGACUUGUUCAGAGGUAAAGCAGCCGUUAAAGACGUGGAGGAGGAGCGUUUCCCCACACAGCUCAGCAGACACAUCAAGUUUGGACAGAAAUCUCACGUUGAAUGUUCACGGUUCUCUCCCGAUGGUCAGUACCUGGUCACCGGCUCUGUGGACGGAUUCAUCGAGGUCUGGAACUUCACCACAGGCAAAAUCAGAAAGGAUCUGAAGUACCAGGCUCAGGAUAACUUUAUGAUGAUGGACGAUGCCGUGUUGUGUAUGGGCUUCAGUCGGGACACGGAGAUGUUGGCCACUGGAGCGCAGGAUGGAAAAAUCAAGGUGUGGAAGAUCCAGAGUGGUCAGUGUCUGAGGAGAUUUGAACGAGCCCACAGUAAAGGAGUAACGUGCGUCAGCUUCUGCAAAGACAGCAGUCAGCUCCUCAGUGCCUCCUUCGACCAGACAAUCCGAGUCCACGGACUGAAGUCGGGAAAGUCUCUGAAGGAGUUUCGCGGACACUCGUCGUUCGUCAACGAGGCCUCGUUCACUCCAGACGGUCACCACAUCGUCAGCGCUUCCUCUGACGGCACAGUUAAGCUGUGGAACAUGAAGACCACCGAGUGCUCAAACACCUUCAAACCUCUGGGCACGUCCGCGGGCACCGACAUCACGGUCAACAACGUCAUCCUGCUGCCCAAGAACCCCGAGCACUUUGUCGUUUGUAACCGCUCCAACACUGUGGUCAUCAUGAACAUGCAGGGACAGAUUGUGAGGAGUUUCAGCUCCGGUAAGAGAGAAGGAGGCGACUUUGUGUGCUGCACUCUCUCCCCCCGAGGCGAGUGGAUCUACUGCGUGGGUGAAGACUUUGUGCUCUACUGCUUCAGCACAGUCACCGGCAAACUGGAGAGAACGCUGACGGUCCACGAGAAGGACGUGAUCGGCAUCGCCCACCACCCUCACCAGAACCUCAUCAGCACGUACAGUGAGGACGGUCUGCUGAAGCUGUGGAAGCCUUGAAGUGUGGAGACUCUCCUCACUCUGGACUCUCUGCUCUGCUCUCUCCUCCUGUUUUUGUUUCAUUUUCUUUUGUCGCAUCCAUGUGGACAUUCAGGUUUGGACACAGAUCUACACGUUCAGCUGCGUGUUUCCACAUCGCUCGGUCGUACGAGUGCGCGUGUGUGAUAAAUGUAAAAAGUGAGUGUGUGUUUGAUUUCCCGUUUUUGAAACACGCAGCUAAAUGUUAUUUGACAGUAAAAAUUGUCUCAGUUUUACUGAAAAUAUUUCCCUUUUUUUAUUCUGUUCACAGCCAUAAAAGUGACGUUUGUGCAUCUGAAAAACCUUCAUUAGCUCAAAUUAGUCACAGUCACUGUGGGGGUCAUGUGAUUUAAAGCUGGGGUAGGCGAGAUCUUUUAUAAAACUGUUUGAUAUUGUGUUUCAUCUCCAGGUCGAUAAAUGCUAACAUUUUGUGAUAAAGCUCUCCGUUUUGACUACGUUAACUUGUCUUGGAAAGGCUCCGCCCACAUUUAUUUGCGUUUUUUUUCUUUUUAUUUACGUGUAUUGUCCAGAUCUGCUUUAGACUCUUUUUCUCUUUUUGUACAUUUAUUUACAGCGUAGGUGUUUCCUCGAACAGCAACUUUUCCAGUGAAGGCUCUUCUGUGUGGAGCGACUGAGUAGAGCAGCCUAUAGGUGGCGCUCUCUCACACUCUCUUUCUGAACUGUGCUGUGAUUGGUCAAAGUCUCCCAGAGUUCCACAAAGCUGGAAACAGUCUAGAGGAGGAAGAAGUCUUGUUUUUUGCCUCCCGCAGCUUUAAUGAGUAGAUAUGACUCCUCUCUCACACACUUUUGCAAAACCACGAGCAGGCAGAGUUCUGGAGUGAGGAUUGUACAUACUAGACUUAAUUGAAACAUCAAUUUUUGUCUGUAAAUAUAUUUUUUAAUUGAGUUAUUUUUUCCUCUUUUUGUUUAUCUUUAAAGAAGAAGUUCAGUAGUGGUUUUUUUUUUGUAGACGUGAGAGACUGCAGCAGCGGGGGGAAUAAAGAUAUUCUUUAUAUUCUUCAAACGUGGACACAGUUAUUGUCAUAAAUUGAGCAGGAAAAAGGUUUUUGGUGAUAAGUCAACCUUGUUUUUUCUUUGUAUGUCAUUUCUACAGAGAUUCUUUUUUAUAAUUCUACAUAUUUUUUUAAUUCUGGAAUCUUUACUCAGCAACAAGUCACACAAAUGACAAAUGCUUUAAUAAUCCACUGGAUUAUAUAAUGUGUGUCGUGUUAAACUUCUCGUCCGUGUCGUUGAAGCUGUUUGACCAGAAGAGUGAAGUGAGAGCAUGUUCAAGUUAAAAGAGACAUGGCCACCAGGUGGCACUGUGCAACCAUCAAUACAGAUCCCUGUAGGACUCGAUUUAGACCAAGGUUUCUCAGUCCUGGUCCUCAGGGACCCACCUUUACCAGGACCAGGAUUGAGAAACACUGAUUUAGACCCAACAGUAUCCGUGUGUAUUUAUUUAAAUGUUUGAAGCCUUUCUUUGUGGGAGAGUUUUCAGAGUCUAAUCCUUGGAUUAAACUUUGGUUUUCACUGUUGGUUCAAAUCUGCAGCAAGAGAUUUAAUCAGCCCUUCAAAAUAAAAGCCUGAUUUGUCAUUUGGACCUCAAUAUCACAGAAGUUGAUAUAAAAUCCCCCCUGCUUUUUUUUGUCACUGAUUAUCUCAAAUAAAAAAAAUGUGUUUUCUGAAAUUAGACACCCUGAAAUGAAAACGUCUUUGUCUAUUAGACUUAUUUUGAAAUGUAAAACUUGUGUUUUUCUUUACUUUUUUUAUCCUUCUGUUAUUAAAAAAUAUGAAUUUGACUGUU